AAAAUGAUUAAAUGGAUCUGAAAACGAUUAAACUGUAGAUUUUUGAACUUUUCAAUUUCCGUCUGGUUGAAUGCUUCUCAUAUGUGAAAAUCAAAAACUCGUUUUACUAGUUAUAAAAUAGAUUCAUUUACAAAAAGUUAGUUGUGAGCAUAAUUAUAUACUUUUUUGUGCGUAAAAUAUUUAAAAAUAAUAUGAAUGAUUACAGGAUUCAACACACCAGCCGUUUCUUUAAUGAUUGUUUUUCAUUUUGUUUUUAAAAUUAGACAGUAUUAAAGAUCUCUCAACUGCUCUUUGAUAAAAGCCGUUGAUCAAAAACAUAUGAGACUUCAAUAUAACGUGCCAUAUAUUUUAGUUUGGAGUGGGACGCUUUCUGAAAGGUACAGCUUAGUGAGAGAAUAUGGACAACCCUAAUUAUGAAGAAGAUGAGCUUGGUGGUACAACAAGAGUACUGUACGGCGCUACUCCACUAUAUAGACGGGGCAGCAGGAUUAUUGGCGGAGAUGAAGAACCUGCUGGAACCUUUGCCAUGCUCAGGAGGGGAAGCAAGCAGACGGGAACAGAAGAUGACCGGCCUGAUUACAGAAUACGAAGUGGGUCCAUUGGAGGUGUAUACCCUGCCCUCAGGAGGUUGAGCAUACAAAUGGGUUUACCAGGACUACCAGUGUAUGAAGAGAUUGAUCUGCCAGAUGAUAAUGAUGAUAAACCUUCUAGCUUCACAGAAGAAAAGAAAAAGCCUGGAAGAGUGAAAAAGUCCUACAAAAAAAUCAAAAGAGGGCUUCAGGGAAACAAGGUCACAUCCCAAUUCUUCCCGCCGAAAGGUGAUGUUGCAGAAAAUAUAACUCUUAUAAUAGCAACUAUAAUCUUGUUCUUGAUGGCUCGAGCUGUUCUGGGAACUCUAGCAGCACCAGGAGGAACUAUCUUUGCAAUCUUUAUACUCAUUCUCUUCUCACUUAUUGCUGGACAAAUAGUUAUCCAAUGUGCAGCAUUGAUCACUAAACUUGUUGGAGUAGACAUAAAGAUACCACAGCUUCUGGGAAUGAUGGCUGUUGGGAUCGCUUUAAAGAAUGUUCCAUACAACCAAUCACAAUUUAAUAGUCCUGAAUGUAUGAAUAUAUCCAAAUCUAUUCAUGACCACAGUGAUAUCGAUGUAAACUCUACUGAAUUUGUCAAUGAGUUGGGAGGUUUUAGAAUAGAUCCAAAGGAUGUUCAUAUAAACCAUCAGCAUAGUGAUAUUGCAAAGAGUUUGAAAAAUAUUGAUAAUAUAAACCUACAUGGUGAGAAUUCGGUAGAUACUGAAAAUCAUCCUAACUCAGGUCCAUCACAUCACACAGGUGUAGAAUCUAUUUCAAACAAUGAAGAUCAUGCAGAUCAGAAUAAAACUGAUGCAUCAAAACAAGAACCUGAUAAUGAAGAAAAGCAUGGUUUGAACCAUGUAGAGGAAAAAGAGGUUUCUCAUGACAUCUCACAUGACUCAAAUGUUAAAACUGUUCAGCAAGAAAAGCAUAAUCAUGGUGAUGAUCAAACAAAAGAUGAACAUGGUCAUCAUAUUACUACAGAAGAGAAAGAAGAGGUAAAGCAUAUGCAGGUGUCUAUCAUGAAAGAUCACAAUCAUACUGUUCAGCAAGAGGAGAAUAUCCAUCAUGAAAAGGAAGUAAUGAAUAUCCCAGUACAUAGGACACCUGAUAACCAUCAUAUGAUUCAGCAGGAAGAGGAUAGUAACAACAGUGAACAUUCCCAUGAUGAACAUAAUCAUUCUAUAGUGCAUGACAAGAAAGAAGAAAUAAAGAAUACACCAGUGCAUUGCACACCAGAUCAACAUCAUAUGAUUCAGCAGGAAGAGCAUAGUAACAACAGUGAACAUUCCCAUGAUGAACAUUACCAUCAUGAAAUGCAUGAAAAGAAAGAAGACAUAAAGAAUACACCAGUGCAUAUCACACCAGAUCGAAAUUAUACGAUUCAGCAGGAAGAGGACACCAGUCGCAAUGAAUAUUCCCAUGAUGCACAAGAUGUUAUUCAUAAAAAGAUAGAAGAAGUAAAGCAUACACCAGUGCAUACCACACCAGAUCACAAUAACAAGUAUGAACAGCUUGUUAAUAAUGAUAACCCAAUCAAUGAAACUAAUAUUCAUAGUUUGGCCAAGGAAGAGAAAGAUGAGGUAACCCAUGUGGAGCCACAUUCUCUACAAGAUCAUAAUGACAAAAAAGUAGAACAUGGCAGAAGUGAUGAACAAACCAAACAUAAAGAUAUCCACAACCAGAAUCAAGGUGAAGUAAAAAAUCCAAGACAACAUUUGCAUACCGAUGGAGAAGCACAAAAUCAGAACAAUGAAACAGUCCAUAAUGAAAAUAAAAUGAUUUUAAACCACAUGGAGGAUGAAAAAAGUCAAGAUUCCCGUAUGACACCACAUAGCAUAUAUGAUCAUAACGAAAAGAAAAUUACCCAUCAACAAAUUGAUAACCUAAACAAUAAACCUAUCACAGAGGUAUUGAAUAGACCCCUCAACAAAAAUGAGCUUAAUAACGAUGUUAAAGACUCAAAUGAUAUAAAUGGGCAAGGUAUAAGUCAACAAGAAAAGAAGGAGGCAUCCCAAACCCCACAAUAUGAAUCAAAGAAUCAAAAAGAUGAAAACGGUCAUGAAAUGCAUCUUCAUGAUGUAAAGAGUGACAACAUAAAUCAAGAUAACAAAGAACAAGCAUUAGCUAACAAUAACACCAAGAUGAAAACUACUCCGGACGAUGCAGUUUUGAAUGGCACUGAUAUCUCAGAAAUAGCCCAGGGUGUAACAAAACAUGAUGUAGAGGCAGCAGUCACUAAAAUCUAUCAACAAAAUGUUCUUUACAAUAGUUAUGAGAAAGAUGAAAGUACUACUGAAAAUUCAGCAGAAGAUCUAGUUGACACAAAAAUUCAGAACAGAAGUAGGCGUAGCAGUGGACAUGAUGAACCACAGAUUUAUGUUGAUCCUUGUAAAAAGAGAUUUAUUGGAAAUGAUCUUGAUCCUCUUUUAACAAGAACACUAAGAUCCAUAUGUCUGACAGUUAUUCUACUCAUGGCAGGUCUUGAACUUGAUCCUCCUGCUCUCUGGAGACUCAAAUGGAUUGUACUCAGGACAACUUUUAUUCCUUGUAUCAUAGAAGCAUUUGCAGCAUCUUUAUUUUGUUAUCUGAUCCUUGGUUUUCCGUUUUCUGUAGGACUUUGCUUUGGAUUUGUUCUGUGCGGAGUAUCUCCAGCUGUUAUUAUUCCAGGAUUGGUGAAUCUUAGUCAAAGAGGAUACGGAGUAAAGAAGGGAAUACCAACACUUGUUAUCGCAACAUGUUCAGCUGAUGAUCUUGUGGCUAUUGGAGGAUUUGGUAUUGCACUGAGUAUCACAUACAACCCAGAUGCUCCUAUUCUAUCUUUAGCCUUCCAUGGUCCUUCAGAAGUGAUUAUGGGUAUUGCAUUCGGAAUUUUCUGGGGUUAUAUUUGCCAAUGGUUUCCCAGCAAACAAAACCCAAAUCAUGUCUUGUUUCGAUUCAUUAUUCUCUUUAGCGGAGGGCUCUUUGCCUUGUUUGGAGCCCAUCUGAUUCAUUAUGAUGGUGCGGGUGGUCUGGCGUGUGUGAUCAUGGCAUUUGUUGCCUCAAUUCAGUGGAGAAAAGAAGGAUGGGGAGAUCAUAAUCCUAUAACUGACAUCUUUGGGAAAAUGUGGAUUAUCCUUGCACCCAUCAUAUUCUCUCUGAUUGGAACCAACAUUGUGGUUGAGAAGAUGGACGGUGAGAGUGUUGCUCUUGGUAUUGCUGUCAUAGUACUCUCUAUGAUUGUAAGAAUGGUGUUUACCUAUUUUGCUGCUGUUUGUGGAGGAAUGACUGCAAAGGAGAAAAUAUUUCUGUCUAUAUCCUGGUUACCUAAGGCAACCGUUCAAGCUGCUCUGGGCCCAGUAUUUCUGGAUAAUGCACUAAGAGAUGGAAUUACUGAGUAUAUUCCGUACGGAGAACAGAUACUUACGAUGGCAGUCUUGUCAAUUGUUGUGACUGCACCACUUGGUGCAAUUCUAAUCCUGGCUCUGGGACCUCUCCUGCUUCAAAGUGAUAUGGUGGACGAGGAUGAUGGACAAAGGUUUGAUAUGGAAGAGAUUGGAAGUAUGGAGAAGGUUGAUGAAGAGGAUGAGGAUGAAAUCAAACAGCAUUAAAACUAAAAAAAUAAACAUAAGUUAAUUUAUCGUCUCGGCCAUAAUAAAAACUUUCCUUUAAUUUUUUUUCAUUAUCCAAACAAGAUGGAUGAUUCACAAACAAGAUGGAUAAUUCACAAACAAGAUGGAUAAUUCACGAACAAUAUAGAUAAUUAACGAACAAGAUGGAUUAUUCACGAACAAGAUGGAUAAUUCACGAACAAGAUGGAUAAUUCACGAACAAGAUGGAUAAUUCACGAACAAGAUGGAUAAUUCACGAACAAGAUGGAUGAUUCAUGAACAACAAAAAUAAGAUAGAAAUCUUGAAAAACAGAAAGGUCCAAAUACUUGCAGCUGAUAUCAUCUAAUCUAUAUAUAAAUUUGGCUUGUCUGUUUGUCUGUUUGUAUCCAAUAAACGUCAAAACGGCUGAACCGA